AUGGCCGUGGAGAUGGGGAUAAUGUGCACAGUCGUCAUGGACAUGCCACCUGGCCACCAUCAGGCCCGUACGUGGUAUCAACAUUUGAAGUUUUUGAGAGAAAUUUCAAAUGUUUGGCUAGUUGACAGUUUCAGGGACCCAAUCUGUUCAAAAGAGAUGGUCGGGGGACUUUACGACAAUUUGCCAAACAUUGGUUCGUUUUUUGUUAUCAACCCGGAAGGAGAGUAUAUAUUGCCACCCUCCACCGCCGUGUGUUGGACGGUUAAAAACCGAUUGCAACCGUCUCCGGCCUUCCUGUAUCUCUUUCGUAGAUCCCGAAAAAGCGGGAAACAAUAG